ACGGCGCGCGCGCACUGCGUCUGCGCGAGUCGAGGGCGGCGGCCCAGGCUUCUGGUAGGGAUCGUCUGCCCCUCUGCGGUGUAGGCGCAGAACUCAGCGGAGAAACGCGGCCGAGUAGGAGUGCAGGGACUAUGAAGUGAGGAAGCAGCAGUUAUGCGGCUGAGCCUAGGAGAGCUAUGGCAACCCCAGGCGACUGCCCCAGGCGUGAAUCGGAGGAGGAAGAAGCCCUGGAGUGUGGGCAGGCGCAGCUCCUGCAGGAGGGCCCGCAGCCAGAGGAGUUCGUGGCUAUUGCCGACUAUGCUGCCACCGAUGCCACCCAGCUCAGUUUUUUCAGAGGAGAAAAAAUUCUUAUCCUGAGACAAACCACGGCCGACUGGUGGUGGGGCCAGCGCGCGGGCUGCUGCGGGUACAUCCCUGCAAACCACGUGGGCAGGCAGGUGGCGGAGUACGACCCCGAGGACACGUGGCAGGACGAGGAGUACUUCGGCAGCUAUGGGACCUUGAAACUUCACUUGGAGAUGUUGGCAGACCAGCCGCGGACAACCAAGUACCACAGCGUUAUCCUGCAGAACAAGGAGUCCCUGAAGGACAAGGUCAUCCUGGACGUUGGCUGUGGCACCGGGAUCAUCAGCCUCUUCUGUGCACACCACGCUCGGCCCAAGGCAGUGUAUGCCGUGGAGGCCAGCGAGAUGGCACAGCACACAGGCCAGCUGGUCCUGCAGAACGGCUUUGCCGACACCAUCACUGUGUUCCAGCAGAAGGUGGAGGAUGUGGUGCUGCCCGAGAAGGUGGACGUGUUGGUGUCCGAGUGGAUGGGCACCUGCCUGCUGUUUGAGUUCAUGAUCGAGUCCAUCCUGUAUGCCCGGGAUGCCUGGCUGAAGGAGGACGGGGUCAUCUGGCCGACCACGGCGGCGCUGCACCUGGUGCCCUGCAGUGCUGACAGGGACUACCACAGCAAGGUGCUCUUCUGGGACAACGCCUACGAGUUCAACCUCAGUGCGCUCAAAUCUUUAGCAAUCAAGGAGUUUUUUUCGAAGCCCAAGUAUAAUCACAUCUUGAAGCCAGAAGAUUGUCUGUCUGAACCGUGCACCAUAUUGCAGCUGGACAUGAGAACCGUGCAAGUCUCUGACCUGGAGACCAUGCGUGGUGAGUUGCGCUUUGAAAUCCAGAAAGCUGGCACCCUGCACGGCUUCACCGCCUGGUUCAGUGUGCACUUCCAGAGCCUGCAGGAGGGCCAGCCCCAGCAGGUGCUCAGCACAGGCCCGCUGCACCCCACCACACACUGGAAGCAGACCUUGUUCAUGAUGGACGACCCAGUCCCGGUCCACUCGGGAGACAUGGUCACUGGGUCCAUUGUACUGCAAAGAAAUCCGGUGUGGAGGAGGCACAUGUCCGUCACUCUAAGCUGGGCCGUGGCUUCCAGAGAAGACCCCACAUCUCAGAGAGUGGGGGAGAAGGUCUUUCCCAUCUGGAGAUGACGGUGGACGAUCGGCAGUGGGGCCCCAGGAGGGGCCAGGACACACCUGCCCCAGUGCCGUGAAGUCCCCGCACAUGGCUCUUCUAGACCCCUCCUGGCACUGCAGGUGACGCCAGGGCCCUUCACUGCAAUCGCAUGGGCUUGUCCCAUAGCUACCCUCCCAGUACCCCCUAGAGUAGGUGUGUCUCCAGGUGUUUGCCCCGUGGUGCCCAGUGCCGCCCUGGGUGGCAGCUGCGCUCCCAGCUAGGUGUAGUUCCAGACUCCUCGGUCGCACGCAUGCCAGCCCAUGUACCCUGUGACCAUGACAUUCACCGUGGGUGUCAGGGGUACCUGCAGUCCCCACUGAGUCACUGCACUUGCAGAUGGGGUGUGGCCCUCAGUGGGCCUGGGGAUGGACUCUGCAUGGGACCCAGUGUGUAGGUGUCUUCCAGUGAGUUCUGUGUGGACCUGCUCAAUAAAUAUUUUUUA